ACUUUUCUCCUUCUCUCCUCUCCUUCCUUUCCCCACACUCCCAACCACCUCCACCAGAACGCUUACCAGCAUUCUUUGUUGUUCGGACUGUAACUUUCUUAAUCAAAACCCCUUAACGUGCACGCGCCACAAUGGCACGUACCCGUUCCCAGCCUCUUUCCCCCGGGGGAUACCAAUCCCUCGAUGACCUGCCUCCCCGUCGCCGCGCGACGCGAAGUGCCUCAUCGGCCGAGCCAACCACCGAGUCGCAGCCUGAAGCUGCCAAGACUCGCAAGCCUCGUGCCAAAAAGAGCACUACCACCAAGAAGACCACCCGUCGACCUCGUUCGAAGGCGGCCAAGUCCACAGUCUCUGAUCACAAGCAGACAUCACCAGCCAUUACUGAGCAGUCCGAGGCGCUCAUGGCUUCUGUUGAUCAGCAGGACAUGUGUUCCGAUGCCCACAUGGCCCAGAGUGCCACUGACACACCCUCCCGACCACCCCUCUCUAGCAUCGUCAACAGCCGGGCCCUGGGCCCCCAGCAUGCGACCCCCAUUAUGCGUCGCCGCCCCCGAGUCCCCUACGCCAGCAUCACGGCUCGCCGCCGAAGUAAUGCUGGUGGUCGCGUAGUCCACACCCUUUUUCAGCUCGAGAACCUUGUGAACCAGUCUACCAUCACUGAGUCUGCUGCGACAGACAACAAGGAAGAGAUCGUGCCGAUUGCUCGUGACCCUGUUACCCCAGAACCGACUAUUCCCACCACUCCAAAGACUGCCCCUGCCGCAAGUACCGGCAUCUCUCCCAGCUGGUCCCGACGUAUUAUCAACAAUGUCUCCUCGCGAUGGUCGAGUUUCCGUGGACGAAUCAGUCCCCAAAAGCCUGGGGGCUCUCAGGAUUCGGUUGCCAACACUACUGCGCCAAGCAACAGCAAUACCGACCUCAUUGCCCCCCAGGCAGAGGAGAUGGGCGUGAGCAAAGAUAUGCAGAUGGCGGUUGUGAGCUCGACGCCUCUGAUCGCAGCCAGCACACCCCGGCGUUCCUCGCUCUCACGCGCCCGACCCCCCCGCGAGCGAGCUACAUCAUUCAAUUACGCUUCGCGCCAAGGCGGCGGAUUCAGCAAGGAGACCCUUGCUAAGUGCUACGAGCGAAGCCGGACUCUCCCAGCGUCUGGACUCAGCAACGAAGCCUUGGAGGUGCUAGCCUCAGAGACGGGAAGUAAGCGCAAGCGCACGUCUCCUGAAUCCAUCCCAAACCCGCCUGGAUGUAGCUACGGAAUGUACGACGAAUACUUCGUGUUUGAUGAUGACGAUGAGGUAUGGGCGGAACAAGAGAAGGCUGAACGAGCCGCAGAGGCUGCCAAGGCCGCCGAAGCAGAUAACGAAGGAACUGUACAACCACCUUUGAAGAAACAACGCGUGGCUGAUGAGCCAGAUCAGCCGCGUAGCCGACAUGUUCUUCACAGUCAAACGCCUCGAAAGGCCGAAAGCCGUCCUGGAUACCGCCCCAACCGCAAGCGAUUGUACAAAGCUACCCAAUUGUCACCUAUUGAAUCAAGUGAUUUCCUUUCCGAAGGCUCCCACGGACCCGAUGUCACUCAAACUCGCCCCAACAUUAAUACUGCUCCCUUCACCGCAAACACACAAGGUACUUUCCAAACUCCCGGAUGGGAUUCCCCGGAUUCCCCUUCAUCUUCCGACUCUGAGGAUUACCCUUCCUCUGGCCCUCAACUUGAGUCUACCCCGACUGGUAUGUAUCAGGCUAUGCCUUUAUCCCCAGCCGACAUUUUUCCUCCUUCGUCGCCGGCCCCAAGGAUUUUUACAAACCCGAACCCCCAUGGAACGUUUCGUACGCCAUAUUCUUCCGAUGAUGAAGACGAAGACGUGGACAUGGACGUGGACAUGGACUCACCACCAAAUUCAAUUAUCGCAGGAGCUGACCCAAUGGAUGAAGAUACCUCAGAACCCUCAACUCCGGCCCGAAUUAACGAUACGACUGCCGAAAUUCCUACUCAGGAUAAUGAACCCUCCUUGCCUACCACUGACCCCUCUCCUCUCACCCGAGUUCGCAACAAGGCCCAGCAAUUCAAACCCAAGACGCCCAGCCGCCUUCGCGAAGCUUCCCGUUUCUCGACCGGCAGCACAAACUCCUCCCCUCUUACCAAUGAGACGACUAUCCCCGCUGCUACCCCCGUCACCGCCAGCGACUCAAUGUCGCUCGAUGGCUCAUCUUAUUUGCAACAGGCCAAGACUGGGGGCAAUCAAUUGCUAGAUUCCGGAAAGUCAGAUUUGGAGGAUAAAGACCCCGAAGAUCUUGAAGAGAUCGACUAUAAGUGGCUUGAUAAAAUUUGUCCUAGCGGGGACUUUAAUAAGCUUACCUGGCCCCCUCUUACUGUCAACGAGAUCGGCCUUACCCCCAAGUCCAUUCUAAUGGACGAUGCCAAGACUAAAGAAGCGGUCGAUUACUGGCAACGGUUGUUUGAAUCCGGGGACUGGUGA